AUGGCGAACGAGGAGACCUCGUACUUCUUUCCACCAAAGUGGCAUUUCCAGCUUGGAGGGCCCAUCGCACUGGGCAGUAUCAUCGAAGAUUCAAGAAAGCCGCAAGCCUCACUCAACUAUGGAGAACCCAAUCCGCAGCCAUUACCAAAACCGACAGUGGACAUCACCAAGCCUAACUUCAAAGCGACCAUAGUGAUAGACACCUCAGUCUCCACAGGCAUCGGCACGUCGCUUCUCCAGAUCUUUGGCUUUGGUGUUGAUCUCGAUGCCGAGCGAGGAAGACGACGCGUGUACGAAAUAGAGGCGGAGCUGUUGAGAACUCAGGAGAUCGAGCCCGAACAGGAUUGGGUAAAAAAGGCCUUCGCAAAUGAAGAAGUGCAGCGAGUGUUGCGCAGGAACAAGUUUCGCAUUGACCUUUACAUGAUCACAGGCAUCAUGAGUGCCACAAAAGCAUCUGUGUGUACUGAUAGCGACCGUCGAGUCCUGUUCAACGCCAAGGUUGGUGUUGAUCUGACGGUAUCGACUGGAGGAACAGCGCCGUUGGGCGUCAAUGUGAAAGGGGGCACCAAAGUCGAACGAAGCACGAAAGCUUCAUUCGGAGCGUCCGAUUUCAUCCUCGGCUACCGCCUUCGGAAGAUCACUUAUGUCAAAUUCUCUCGCAAGAUUCGCAUGGAGGAUGUGCUGAAAGGCACGGUCCUCGAUGGCGAUGCCAAAGCGCCGAAACCUGAAACUGUCGACGAUAGCGAAUUCCUUCGUCUCGAGAACGAAGACAUAGGGGCUGAUGAGUUCGGCCUGAACUCGGCGAUUGCGCAAACCGAGGGGAACGAGCACACGCUAGCAUUCGGUAUUCCGGGAGAUGAAGAGUAG